AUGGCCAAGGCAAAGGGCAAUCCUGGUAUUCAAAACAGGCACAUCUACACCCGGGCUUCAUAUCUUUACCAGGCAGCCGUUUAUCUAGCCAAUUGCGCUCAACGAGCAGAGCCGGGCACCAAUGAGGAGACAAGCUUGGAGAAGUCCCAACAUGAUGACGACAAUGCCUCAUCUCGCCCAGAGCGCAAGGCAACGAUGAACCUGUCUCACCAGGUCGUAUCCGACAUGAGAUCGGUGUCUCUGAAAGCCCAGAUCCGGCAGAGCCCCUCGAUUAAGCAGACCAUCUGCAAGUACUGCGACGCCGUGCUGAUCGAAGGCAAGACAUGCCACUCUUCCGUGGAGAACCCGAGCAAAGGUGGAAGAAAACCGUGGGCCGACGUGCUCGUGAUUCGGUGUGACACGUGCAGCAACGUGAAGCGGUAUCCCAUCAGCGCACCGAGGCAGAAGAGAAAGCCCCUUCGGACUGCUGGGAUUUCUGAGACCCCGAAGACGGAGCGAGACGGCGCUCCGCCUGUGCCUGCGCCAGCUCCCGCGCUGCCUACGCGAUGA